GUUCUUUUCCGUGUUUUCAACUAGUUCUCUUAAGUAGUGUCCACUAAAACAAGCGUUUGGACAGUUUGGUGCCUCCUUAGGUUCCUGCCAUGGCUGACAGCAGCAUAGUGACUUUAGGGACAGCCCGGAGCCUGUUGGUGGAUUCUUCGGUCUAUGAUUCGAGGAUCGGCGAAACUACCAAGGACCAUGUAUUUCUUGGCAUGGCAUCUGAAGAUGGGGAAGAUAUGCUGCCAAAAGUGGAGACGAGGGUUGUUCUUGUGGGAGAAGCAGGCAGAAAUGGAGCACUGGUCAAAGCACUGCAGGCUGUCAGAGUAAUGGAGGUACCAGUGGUAAAGAUAAGAGAAGGCGAGGCGGGCGCUGAGGAGAAAGUGAUGAUAAAAUCUAUAGUCAAUAUGGACAUCAACAUCCCGUGCAUAAUGUCGGAGAAUGUCCAGGAGUUUGGAGAUGAGGAGGGCACCGAUUUUGAGACAGUGUUUGUCCUCACAGACUUUGAUUCCCCGGACUACAGCUACCUCUAUAAACGUGACAACCGCAUUAUUGGGCCUCCUGUUGUGCUGCACUGUGCUGCGAAGGAAGAACCUCUACAGUUUUCAUGUCGUCCUCUCUACUCCACCACCAUGCUUAACCUGUCACUGUGUUUCACCGGCUUCAGGAACAAAGAGGAAAUGAAGAACUUGGUGAAUCUGGUUCAUCACAUGGGAGGAACCAUCCGCAAAGACUUCAGCACCAAGGUCACUCAUCUCAUCGCCUACUCCACUCAUGGGGAGAAAUACAGGCUGGCGGUGUGUUUGGGGACCCCUAUCCUCACUCCAUCGUGGAUUCAUAAGGCCUGGGAGAGAAGAGAUGAUGUGCACUUCCAUGCUGGAGAAGAGGAGUUUCGAACAGAGUUCAAAGUUCCUCCCUUCCAGGACUGCACCCUGAGUUUUUUGGGUUUCUCAGAAGAGGAGAAGGCCAACAUGGAGGAGCGCACUCUUAAACAUGGUGGUAAAUAUCUUGAGGUUGGAGAUGCCAGCUGUACACACAUGGUGGUGGAGGAGAAAUCAGUAAAGGAACUGCCAUUCUCCCCCUCCAAGAAACUCUAUGUGGUCAAACAGGAGUGGUUCUGGGGAAGCAUUCAGAUGGAUGCUCGGGCUGGAGAGUCCAUGUACCUCUACGAGAAGAACGACAGUCCAGCCAUGAAGAAGGCAGUGUCUCUACUGUCCCUCACAACACCCAGCAGUAGCCGGAAGCGUCGCCGCAUCAGAGACACACUGGCGCAGUUUGCUAAGGAGACGGAGAUUUCUCCCUUCCCUCCACCGCGCAAGAGGACAUCAGCAGAGCACACCCUGUCUAUGGGUUCUCUGCUUGACAUCUCUUACACCCCUGACACAUGCAAGGCCUGUACGAAGCCAUCCAGGAGUUCAACUCCGGUUGUGUCCAAGCAGUCAGCCAGGUGGCAGGUCUCCAAGGAGUUCUACCAGACUGAAAGCAACUAUGUAGACAUUUUAAACACCAUCCUCCAGCUUUUCUAUUAUCCAAUGGAAAAAGAGAGUCAGGUUGGUGGACCCAUCCUGGCCCCAGAAGAAAUAAAGACGAUAUUCGGCAGCAUCCCAGACAUCUUUGACGUUCACACCAGAAUAAAGCAUGACCUGGAAGAACUUCUGACAGACUGGCGAGAGGAAAGGAGUGUAGGAGACAUCAUUCUCAAAUAUUCUAAAGAGCUGGUGAAGGCCUACCCACCGUUUGUCAACUUUUUUGAAAUGAGCAAGGAGACUGUUGUUCUGUGUGAGAAACAAAAGCCACGCUUUCAUGCUUUUCUGAAGAUCAACCAAUCCAGGCCAGAGUGUGGCAGGCAGACACUGGUGGAGUUGCUCAUCAGACCUGUACAGAGACUGCCUAGUGUGGCCCUUCUUCUUAACGACAUAAAGAAACAUACGUCAGAUGACAACCCUGACAAGAUAACGCUGGAGAAAGCAAUUGAUUCUCUGAAAGAAGUGAUGACUCACAUCAAUGAGGACAAGAGAAAGACUGAGGGCCAGAAGCAGAUCUUCGAUGUUGUUUAUGAAGUUGAUGGCUGUCCUGCCAACUUGCUGUCAUCCCACCGCAGUCUGGUUAACCGAGUGGAAACCAUCGCCCUGGGAGACCAGCCAUGUGACCGUGGAGAAAAUGUCACCCUCUUCCUCUUCAAUGACUGCCUUGAGAUUGCAAGGAAGCGACACAAAGUGAUCAAUACAUUUAAGAGUCCACUGGGACAGACGAGACCCCCUCCUCAACUCAAACACAUUGCACUGAUGCCGCUGUCCCAGAUCCGCAGAGUGCUGGACCUGCAGGACACAGAAGAGUGUGUGAAUGCAUUCGCCUUGGUGGUUCACCCUCCGACUGAACAGGAGAACUUGUUGUUCAGCUUCCAACUGGUCGGAGAGGACACGGUUAAAAGCGCCUGGCUGCGAACACUUUGCCGCCAUGUUGCCAACACCAUCUGCAGGGCUGAUGCGGAGGACAUGAUUCAGUGCACAGACCCAGACUCACUGCAGGUCAGCACUAAGGAUAUGGACAGCACCUUGAGUAAAGCCUCCAGGGCCAUUAAGAAGACUUCUAAAAAGGUGACAAGGGCGUUUUCAUUCACAAAGACCCCGAAGCGUGUGAUCCAGAGGGCAUUCAUGGCCAACAGUACUCCAGAUGAGAAAACCAAGAGGAUGAGUUAUGAGACCCGAAUCGGCAGCAGCUCCACACUGGCUGCACGCCAUUCACCCUCCAUGGUCCAUCUGCCUUCCAUGUUUGAGAAGAAGUACCACACAUUCAGUCGUUCAACCACCCACCUCUUCUGAGACACAGCCACAUGGGAGUACCUGUAGAGGUCCACCCAUCUUUUCCCCUCAUGUCUUGACUGACAUCAUGCGCAGGAGGUGAGCAGACAUGCCUGUGUGUACAAAGUCAACACUACACGUAUAGUAUGGCAAACUUUCAAAUCUAGAAGAAUUUGGAAAAUAGAACUGCACUGAAGCUGUGGACGUCAGUCUGAUACGUGGCAGUAUCAGAGUCCUCCAGCUGCUGCUUAAAGAACCUCCUGGUUGGAGCUUUGGACAAGUAUGGUUGAAACCAUAAACAAGUUAUUCAUCAAGCUGACACCUAUCAUAUGAUGUAUUCACCUGAACCUGUUCAGAUCUUGAAUGAAGACUGUAGCACAAACUGGAACGGUACUACACCAUGCUCUGGGUUACAGGUGUGUGCCUCACACUUACAAAUGAAGGAUAUUCUGCUUUUUGUCUGCAUUUCUUAAUCAUCUUGAUAUAAUACAUUUAAUGUAAUUUAGCAAACACCUGCCACAUUCAUGACAUGUUGCCAUUUUUCAGUGAAGAACACUAACUUUGCUGAACUAAAUCAACAUUUAGUUAAAUAUGGUGAGGUGUUUCUAUGCAGGUUACAACAACACACACAGGUGACAGGUAACAAAUGCAGGCUAUAAACAUCUGUGUGUGCUUCAUGGACUCGUUACAUCUGACCCUCUUACCUUAACUGGGCCACUGCUCUUUUAAUUAACUGACUUAGACACCUUUUAUAUUUGCUUACAUUUAGGGUUUUGUUGUUAUGGGGGUUGACUUAAUCUCACCUGAUAUAUUAUUGUAAUUAACACAAUUCUAAUGAAAAGCUAUGAUGCGUUCCAGCUAUUUUAAAGUUUAUAUUUUAACAUUUAAGAGAUUUGGUCAAGAAGAAUAAAAGUUCCAAAGUUCUUACUUCCUGUUCAGCUGUCUGUGUUUUAAAAGAUGUUUUUACAGUGUGUCUGUGUCUAUAUUCCAAGAAGGGAUUCUGCGUCAGUGUACAUAUUUAUUCUGGAUGAAUACAUUUUAUACCAGUUUUCUUUCUCUUUUAAUUUAUGUUUUUCCCACUUUUAUGUUGUUUGGCUGCUCUUCACUGAGCUU